AUGGAUCUUGCAACCACCAUCCCACCUCACUUGGGAAAUCUAUCUUUCCUUGCUUUGCUCGACAUUGGCUAUAAUAAGUUUCAUGGCCCAAUACCCUUUGAGCUAUGUAACUUGCGCCGGCUGAAAUAUAUGUUCUUUCAUAACAACAGUUUUAGUGGGGAAAUUCCAUCAUGGUUUGGUUCCUUCUCUCAACUUGAACUCUUGCGUUUGGAUGGUAACAACUUCUCCGGUGUUAUCCCAUCUUCUCUGGGCAAUUUGUCAAAACUAGAGAAAUUGAGCUUGUCUAGCAAUAAUUUGAAAGGGAAGAUCCCAAUCACAGUUGGAAAUCUUUCAAACUUGGAGGUGCUAUUUUUAAAUGAUAAUCAGCUUUCAGGUCAUCUCCCAUUGGAAAUAUUUGAUCACCUUUCAAAAUUACAAGCACUAAAUUUGACCUGGAAUCAGAUUUCUGGUUCCGUUCCUUCCUCACUCUUCAACCUCUCUUCAUUGCAAUUCAUUUCACUCGGAUUCAACAAGUUCGCUUGUCAUCUCUCAUCGGAUAUGUUUGAUUAUCUUCCUAAUUUACAAUAUCUUGAUUUGCAUCGGAAUCAAUUGGAGGGGACUGUACCUUUAGAAAUUGGGAAUUUGACUUCGCUCCACUAUUUGGAUAUUGGCGGUAACAAAUUUGUAGGUAAGCUAAAAGAUUAG